UAUUAUGUGAAAUUUGGUAUGAGUAAACUAGACUUAAUGAACAAAAUGUUCAAAAAAUUUCAUCAAAAAAUUGCACUGGGAACCGUCCCUAAAUGGCGAUGGCCAUAGCCCAAAGGCAGUAGGGUUGAUCAAGAAGACACCAACUCAGCCUAUUUUGACACGUAAAAAUCUGACAUUUUAUAUACUCGCCGCCAACGGCGUAAACCCAAUUCUGUAUCCAAAAUCCAAUCUGGGAAGAAAUGCCGGGUUUAACUUGCAACGCCUGCAACAAAGAAUUCCAUGACGAAUCGGACCAGAAGCUUCAUUACAGAUCCGAAUGGCACUGCUACAACCUCAAACGCAAGGUUGCAGGAGUUCCAGGGGUCACAGAAUCUCUCUUCCUUGCCAGACAGUCUGUCAUCGCAGAAGCAAAGAAAAAGUCAACCGAAACUCCAAUGCUCUAUAAGUGUGGUGUGUGUGGGAAAGGGUACCGAAGUGCCAAGGCUCAUUCUCAGCAUUUGGAAUCAAAGAGCCAUUUGUUAAGGGCUUCACAAAUGCCAAAUCCUGAUGAUGAUAGAAAUGUUAUAAUCAGACCUCUCCCGCACCUGAAUUUUGAUAGCUCAUCUCAAAAGGUAGAGGAGAUAGAUAUUGAUGAAAGUGACGAGAGUGAGUGGGAGGAGGUUGAUCCCAUGGAAGAAGAUCCUUUGAUGCAACUCAAGUUAAAUGAACAUACUUAUAAUGGGAAUAUGCAAGACGGUGAUAUGGAUGACGAGGGCUAUGAUGAAGAGCUGGAUCCAUCAUGUUGCUUCAUGUGUGAUUUAAAGCUUAGAACAAUAGAAAGCUGUAUGAUUCACAUGCACAAACAACAUGGAUUUUUCAUUCCUGAUGUUGAGUAUCUGAAGGAUCCAAAAGGCUUUCUGACUUAUGUUGGUCUCAAGGUUAAGAGGGACCACUUUUGUCUCUAUUGCAAUGACAGAUGCCAUCCUUUCAGCAGUUUAGAAGGAGUUAGGAAGCAUAUGGAAGCAAAGAGUCACUGUAAAGUGCGCUAUGGUGAUGGAGGUGAUGAUGAAGAUGCAGAACUAGAAGAGUUUUAUGACUAUGCCAGCAGCUACGUGGACUCAAAUGGAAAAGAGCUGGUUGCGUCAGAUGACACUGGUUGUGGGGUUGAGCUUGGAAGUGGUGGAGCUGAGCUGAUAAUUAAGAAACGGACUGAUAACCGAUUGUCUACCAAAACAAUUGGAUCCAGAGAGUUUUUGCGGUAUUACCGCCAGAAACUGAGGCCUACUCAUGAGGGCGAUAUUGCUCUCACAGCUGCAUUAGCUUCCAGGUAUAGAAGCAUGGGGCUCGCAACUGUGCAGUCGAGAGAGAACAUGGUUAAGAUGAAAGUGCUGAAGGCCAUGAAUAGAUCUGGUCCUGAGGCCAUGCGCACAAAGAUUGGUAUUAGAAAUAAUGUUAUCCGAGUCCUCCCAAAGAAUGUACCAUACUAAACCAUAUCUGUAUUGUUGUACUAGAGAUUUUCAUGCUAGUCAGCUUUCGUGUAUGUCUGUGGUGUGGGUUGAACAAAUUACUUUCCUGACUAAGAAAGUUGAACCCGGCAUAAUGUCUGUCCAUUAUGUGCUGGCUGUAUCUGUCCAUUUUUUUGCCAUGAACCGAUGAACGUUUGUCGGACUAUCAUAAUUCAUAAGGUCGUGGCGACUCGGUCAGUUGCACAUCACUGUGUGAGCUCUCAACAUAUGUUGCAUUGUCGAUGAUCAUUUUAUGUCUUGAGUUUUAAUGAUAUUUCAAUUCUACACAUUUUUUAAAGUAUCUUAUAUG